AUGGCUCCAGGAACCGGGAAGAGUGUCUUCCUGGGAAACAUUCCCUACAAUCUUACAGAAGAACAAGUGAAAGACAUCCUAAGCACGGCGGGCACAGUCACCAAGUUCCGGCUUAUGAUGAACCCAGAGACUGGCAAGCCCAAGGGUUACGGAUUUGCCGACUUUGCAGACGCCGAUGCUGCAGCUUCCGCGGUGCGAAAUUUAAACGAUUAUGAGAUUAUGGGAAGGAAGAUCCGCGUUGACUGGCCACAUAACAAUGAAAAAGAUUCGAUACCUGAGGACUACUCAGACGCCCAGAUCGGGGGAUACCAACAACAGCCACCUCCGCAACAAAAUCCAAGCUCUCUUCCGCCGCUGCCUCCAGGAGUAGAAGUUCCUCCACACCUCGAUUGUCCGAAUGCCAUUUCCCAAACACUGUCCCAGAUCCCGCCAAAUCAACUCCUGGAUGUCCUCUCUCAAAUGAAGUCUCUAGCCGUGGCAGACCCUGCACGAGCAACAGAACUCCUCAGAACAGCGCCUCAACUCGCAUACGCAAUCUUCCAAGCUCUACUUCUCAUGAAUCUUGUCGAUUAUACCACACUUGGCACAGUUGUUGAGCAGGCUUCACAAGCAGCGGCAGCUGCAGCUGCCCCGGCAACGUAUCAACCAUAUGCUGCUGCUGUUCCGGCGCAAGUGUCAACGCCCCCCGUUCACAGCACACCAUUUGCACCUCCCCCGGUCGCAGCCAUGGCUCAACAACCGCCCGCUGCAGCACCCCAACAGGUCCCUGGCCAAGAAGAGCUAUUGCAACAGGUAUUGAAUAUGCCACAAGCACAGAUUGACGCUCUACCGCCUCUCGAGCGAAGCCAAAUCAUGAUGCUGCGGCAGCAAUUGCUGCAAAGCGGUAUGCGAUGA